AUGGGUGAUACAAUUCAGGGAAAACUUUUUGUAACAAUUUUACAGGCACAAAAUUUAAAGAUUAAAGAGGACAAAAAAACAGCAGCUGAAGAAAUUGUUGGAGCAUUUUUAGACCCAUUUUCAUCACCAAUUUUUCAAUCAAUUGAAAAGAUUCAAAAUUUUUCAAAGACUAAUGUAUUACCAAUUUUUACACAGUUAUCACAACCAUCUGCAGCCAGUGGGGAUGGUAAUCCAACACCAGAACCUUCAAAUAAUAGCAACAGUAAUAUAGGUGUAGUUUGCACAAUUAAUACUGAGGGGCAAGAAUAUAAAACAGAAACAUCACCUGAUGUUACAGAACCAAAAUGGUCAAAUCAAUCACAUUCUUUUAAUAUUAUGCAUCCAUGUGCUCUAAUCAAAUUUCAAGUAUCAUUAAACAGUGAAAAAGAGUCAUUUCUUAUUGGUGGAUCCAUUAUUAAUCUUUUAGAUGAGCCACAUCUUUGGGAACAAAAGCCAUUCGCAAAAUGGAUAAAUUUAACUAAAAAGCAAAAAUCAAAGAAGGAUAGUUUAGCAACAUCAGGAGAUACCACCCCAACCGAAGAUGAAAGAACACCAUCAUCCUUUUCAAAUGAAUAUGAUCAAUUUUCAGACGAAGAUGAAGUUGUUGGUAGAAUAGAAGUACAAUUUCAAUAUAAAUAUCGUAGAAUUUGGGAUCCAAUUUAUUGUGGUAAAAUAUUAUUAUUAGAGAAUAAAUAUUCAGAGGCACUCGAACAAUUUAAAGAAGCUAUCGGAAUCUACCCACAGGAUCCAUUUCUUUACUCUUUGUUGGUAGAUUGUUAUUUAGGUUUAAAACAAUUCAAACCAGCAAUCGAAAACAAUUUAUUAUUUAUUAAAUAUGAUAGAGGUGUUGAAGGUUUAAUUAAAAUGGCUCAGGUUUUAAUGGAGGUUAACGAAUUAGAGAAGAUUCAAGGUUUACUUGAUAAAGCAUUCAAAAUAUCACCAGGUAACACUAAAGUUAAAUAUUGCCAGUUACAAUUCAAUCAUUUCGUAGAGGUCGAUAAAGUUAAUAAGGCUAUCGAGCAAGGUUAUGAUGAAUUUAAAAAAGAAGAUUAUGCAUCCGCUGCCCAAAGUUUUGGUAGAGCACUAGAGUUUAAUAGCAAUAGUACUAUUUUAUAUCAUCUUAGGGCACUUUCACAUUUGGCUGCUAGAAAUCAAAACAUGGCCACUCAAGAUAUUAAUCAAAUUUUAGAAAUAGAUCACAACUGGUCAAAGAAUGAUGUUAUACACUGUGGACAUUUGUUAAAGGAUGGUCAAAUUAAUGUAAUGGCAAAGAAACGUUGGUUUACAUUGAAAUCCUACUUUUUAUUCUACUAUGUUGAUCAAAAUGAUCUUAAACCACAAGGUAUGAUUUGUUUAGUUGAUUUCGGUUGUGCACCUAAACCUGGCCAAAAAGUUAAAUUCCAAUUGCAAACUAAAGAACGUACAUACCAUUUUAAAAUUGUCGAUGAUCCAACCGGAUAUGACAAAUGGGUAAUUUCACUCGGUAGAAUAUCAAAAAUAAAAUCUGUACAAUUACCUUCAAUCGAAGAAGCCAAAUCUUCAAUUAUUUGGAAGAAUGUUUACAACAAGAAAGAGAAAACUGCAUUUAUGCUCCCAGAUGUCAUGAUGCUUCCAGAACAAUUCUUUGUCGAGUCUGGUCGUUUCGCUUUGACUUUUGGUGAUAAAAUUAUUUCAAAAUUAACAAGUAUUAAUCUUUCAGAGUGCCAAAUGACAGGUUUCCUCUAUAAGAUGGGCCAAUUAAAUAAAGAGUGGAAGAAGAGAUUCUUUUUCAUUCAAGGUACAAAUUUAUAUUAUGCAACAGUAAAAGAAAGCGAAAUCGAAAAAGGAGUAGAAUCAGUUUCACCAACAGGUAGUUUACCAUUAGAGCGAUCAAAAAUUGAUCAAUCACCAAGCUCUACCAAUAAAACAAACUCUUUUGAGGUUAUUAGUGCAUUCCGUAGAAAUAUUUUAUUAGCCACUGAUAAACCUGAAGAUAAGGAAAAAUGGGUCAAAGCAAUUUCAAUUGCUUCAGGUAUGCAAGUUGUUCAAAAAGAAGAGUCUAACGAAGAUAAAAAAGUUUUACCAUCAUCCUCAGCUUUAUUAAAAAAUAGAAGAAAUAUUAAAUCAUUAAGAUCGGUACCAGUUGUUGUUGUACAACAACAAAAAACUAAAAAACAAGGCGAUGAAGAAGAAGGUUACAGCGAAAGUGAUGAUGAUAAUAGUAAUAAUAAUAAUAACAAUAAUAAUAACAAUAAUAAUAACAAUAAUAAUAAUAAUAAUAACAGUAAACAAAAUGAUGAUGAUAUUGGUUUUGAUGGAGAUGUUGUAUCAAAUUAUAGAAAUCCCAGCAGUAGUAAUAAUGAUAGUAGCAGUAAUGUUUCAGAUCAAUUAGCAGAUUUGACCAGUGGACCAACAAGAAAAAAGAAACAACCUCAAAAUAAAAAAAUUACAGAAAGCGAUAUUUCAUCGACAGAGAACAGAUAUUUUUCAAAAUUCAAUUUACCAACAAAAAUAAAUUCUCCACCUCCAACAAUUGUUUCAAAGUCAAAAUAUAGAGAACCAACACCAUCAUCAUCAUCAUCAAAUGACACAACUACAAACAAUGGAGAAGAGGUAGUUGUUGAAUCUCUUGAAAGUAUUUUAGGUGAAGAGGAAGUCCCAUCAACAAAAUAUUCAAUUAACGACGAUACUAAAUAUUAUGACGAAGAGCAAAACGAAAAUAAACCUUUAAUUAAAAAGAAAAAAUCAAAAGAACAAUCCGAAGAUGGUGAUGACGAAAGAUGUUGUAAAUGUACUAUUCAAUAA